CACUCACCAUGUCCAGCGCCCUGCCGCCCGCGCCGCCGGCCCUGCGCGCGCUCACGCCGCACCUGCAGCGCUUCGCCGAGCUGCGCACGGCCGAUGCGGCGCUCGCCUACUGGGUGCUCUACCGCGCCGCGCGCCUCGGGCUGGCGCAGUAUUCCGCGCUGGAGCCGCCGGCGCGCGCCUUCCUCACGCAGCUCAUGGACGUGCUCGAGGCGCACAAGGCCGCCAUGCGCGGCGACGCGCGCGUCGAGAGCGACGACUCGGGCCGCACCUACGUCGAGGCGCGCGCGCGCGAUGUCUUCGGCCGCGCCGACGCCGAGGACCGCCAGGGCAAGGCGGGCCGGAACACGGCAAGGGCGUUCUUGGCCGCUUCGACGUUCCUAGACGUGCUCUCGGAGUUUGGCGAGCUAGACGAAGAGCUGGGCGCCAAGCACAAGUACGCCAAGUGGAAGGCAGCAGACAUUGCCAAGGCGCUGCGUGAGGGGCGCGUGCCAGUCCCGGGCCCCGCUGGUGGGCUGUCGGCCGACGAGGUGGCCGCCGCCCAGGCCGAGGCGGGACUCGCCGCGCUCGGCGUGCCGGUUGAGAGUGCGCGGGCCAAGGAGGAAGAGGAUGCGUACGUGGCCCGGGAGAUGGCGCGCCUGACUGCUGGCAGCCCUGCGCCGGAGACGGCCGAUGACGCUGCGUCUCCUGCCCGCGCCUUCUCGCCUGCCGAUCCUUCUCUGGACGUUGAGACGCCGCGCAAGGGGCUGCGCGCCCAGAGCCGCCUCUCUCGGGAUGUGACGCCCGGCCUCGCGCCGGAACAGCCGCAAGCGCCUCCGUCACAGGGCUCGGGCGUGCCGAUGGGCUCGCCAAACUUCUCUCUGCCGAUGUCUGCGCGCGGCCAGCUCUCGCGCGCUGGCAGCGAGAGCGGCAUUGCACCUGGCAGUGGCUCUGGCGCAGGAGCCGGAGCCGGCGACGUCUUUGCCUCGCCGUCUGGUGCUACAAGCCAGCUCGCAUACUCGCCGACACUUCCGCCGACGAUCCCGCCAUCUGCGUCGCCGCGUCCCCUGCCGCAUCCGCAAGGUGGCAGCAGCACGCUCGGUCUCUCUCCGAAUCUCUCGCCGUCCUCGGCAGCAGCCGCAGCCGCAGCCGCAGCGGCAGGGCAUGCUCCCUUUGCACCUGCGCCGCCCGGCUCUGCCCCGGCACCGCAUCCGCCGCGCCCGCCGCCGCCACGCCAGAGCACGUCUGGCUUCUUGAGCCAUGGGUCCGGCGCCGGCGGCCUGCCUGGCACGCCCGGCUCUGGCUUCUUGCCCCCUCCGCAGCAGCCCUCCGCGCCGCCCUCGGUGGCUCCCUCGCUCCGGCCUUCCGCACCCGCCGCCUCAGCACCGCCCUUUGUCGCUGCUCCGCCGCAGCCACCGCCGCCCGCGGCCGUGGCUGCGCCGCCGCUGCCGACCUCUCUCACGCAUCAGCAGACGACACGCGUGCAGAAGCUCGCGCGCCACGCCGCCAGCGCGCUGGACUACGACGACAUCGAUACGAGCCGCAAGCUCAUGCGCCAGGCUUUGGACGUGCUGGAGGGACGCGAGUAGGCGGGUGAAUGAGAUGCAGUGAUGACGAGCAGAGG